AUGCUGAAAGACAUCUCAAACAACCUUGUGUCGGUGUGUGAGGCGAUCAUCGCGGACCAGCAGACGGUGCAGAAGUCGAGUGUGAACGAGUACUCCAAGAAUGGGAAGAAGUACAAGCUGACGUCGGAGGGGAACUUCAUCCGUGUGCAGGGGGAGGACAAGCAUCUGAUUGUGGCGGAGUCGUAUGGCGACUUCAAGUGCAACUACUCGAUUCUGGCGUCGUUCCGCAUUCUGCAGAACUGCGGCGACGUUCUCUCGGAGUACCGGCAGCUGUCGCUGGCGAUCAUCUUCACGUCGAGGGAGAUCGAGCUCAACAAGUGGUACGACGAGAGCUCGAAAACGUGCUUCAUUGAGAACUCGUCGUAUGACCCGCUGGCGGUGGAGGAUGAGGCUCUGGCGUACAUCUCGAACAUCGACCCGGACACGCGGUCGCAGCUGGUGUUCCUCGGGUGCAUGAUUCUCACCGCCACGAAGAUCAACUUCUUCCAGACCGACCACAACGUGACGUCUCCGACCUUGGAGGGGUAUGCGCUUCGGCGGAUCAUAGCGGAGAACUGCGGCGAGGCCGCCUUGACCUCGGUCGACGUGUACAACGCGCUGCGGGCCUUCAGCCAUUGGUGCUCGGUCCGCGGGAUCUUCCACAAGCUGGACAUCCCGAACCUCCAGAUCCACGACCUGCUCAUCCACCGGUUCAAGUCGUUCCCCCAGAUACCCUCCUGGAUCAAGGAUUCUGUCUAUGGAAGAUACCCCGCCGGGUGCUCCAAAAUAGCGCUGGUGAAGAAGGCCCUUGUCAUUCUCUCCCACUCCGUCUACGGCCAGCUGGUUCCGCUGCCAAAGGAGCUCGACGUUGACCAGUUCCUGCUGUUAUGCAAAGACAUCGAAACGGACCCCUUGCGAUACCACAUCCGUGCCGGCUCGUUGCUGCUCUCGACGAACCCGCACUUGGAGGCAAGCAAGCUCUUCACCCAGUCGGACAAGUGGCUGGAAUACGUCUCCUGUUUGCUGCAGGCAGUGGGAAGCUACCACAUGGCCAGCGGAAGCAAGCUCAUUAUUUCAAACAAGAUACUCAAAAUCAACAAGAUCAAAGACAAAAAGGCGUACAAGCAAAUGUGUACCGUUGUCAAUGAGAUGAAGUCGUUGGAGCACUCUCAAGGCCAAAGGUGCUCUGGCGAAGAGCUUCUUGGUCUGAUGGGAGGCCCUGUUCCCCAUUCGUUGUCGUCGUCGUGCAGGCUCUAA